GUGGAUGAGCUACGUAUGUGUCACCGUAGCUGUUAACAGGUGACAGGUUCAUGAAUUUAAUAUUUCUGAAUCAAAAUAAAUAGCCGUAGGCCGUAGCACUACGGUAUUGUGAGGUGAAGUGGGUCCCAUUCGCUGACAAUAAAACCAUCUCUCAGACUGACAGACCGAGAUGUCUGGCACAGUGUGCCUGCGGAUCCUGCACUCUGCCAAGCAUAGCGCCCUCCCAUGCAGUCAGCACAGACUGCACCUGAGGUACUUCUGCUCUCCUCGGCUCUUCUUGUCUUGGCACAAACGGACCCGGUUCUCCAGCUCCUCCUCCAGCAGCAGUUCUAACCUUGGCCCAGGUUCUGUGCCGCACAUCCAACGGCUUUCAUCCGCUCGUGAGGACCUGGACUUCCAGCUGACCCGUGUGCAGAUAAACAGCAUCCUGCGGGCCAACGAACAGGCUGUGCGCAUCCCUGAGUUUGAUGGCAGGGGCCUCAGUGCCGUGCUCAAGUUUGAGAGCAAUCAGCUUGCUGCCAAUGCGCCCAAUGAGGACCGGCGCAGCGCGGCCACCUGCCUGCAGACCAAGGGCAUGAUGUUCGGGGUGUUCGAUGGGCAUGGGGGCUACGCCUGUGCACAGGCCGUGAGCGAGCGGCUGCUCUACUAUAUUGCAGUGGCUCUUAUGCCCAGGAGGAACCUGGAGGACAUCGAGGAUGCCAUGGAGAAUCUCAGGCCCGUGCCACCCAUCCUUCAGUGGUACAAGCACCACAAUGACUACAAUUACCGGGAGUCUGCUUCCCUUUAUGUGGAGCACCUGCGCGUCUUCUGGCAGGAACUGCUUAACAACGAGGAGCACGAUGAGGCCAUGUGCCCCCAUGACGCCCUGGAGUACGCCUUCAGGAGGCUGGAUGCGGACAUCUCGCUGGAGGCCCAGGUCCCUCUGGACAGUGACUUGAUGAGGAACACUGCGCUCCAGGUGGCGUUCGCUGGCUCCACAGCUUGCGUGGCUCACGUGGACACUGAGGGGAUCCAUGUGGCCAAUGCAGGGGACUGCCGGGCCGUGCUGGGUGUGCAGGAGGAGGACGGCAGUUGGAGUGCCCUGCCCCUCUCCCGCGACCACAAUGCCCUCAACAAGGCAGAACUGGCACGGGUGCGUUCCCAGCAUCCCAAGGCAGAGGAGGACACAGUGGUGAUGGACGAGCGACUGCUGGGGAUCCUCAUGCCCCUCAGGGCCUUCGGGGACGUACGCUUCAAGUGGAGUCGCGAGCUGCAGCAGAGUGUCCUGGAGAACGGCUGCGACCUGGAGUCUCUCAACAUGUACCAGUACACGCCUCCCAACUACCUCACACCCCCCUACCUGGAGGUAACCCCGGAACUGACCUACCACAAGCUGAGGCCCAAGGACCGCUUCCUUAUCCUGGCAUCAGAUGGGCUGUGGGACAUGCUGGGAAAUGAGGAGGCGGUACGGCUGGUGGCAGAGCACCUGACAGGUGUGCAUCUCCAGGCACCGCUGUCUGCUAGCGAGCGGCAGAUGAGCCUGGGCCAGAUGCACAGGCUGCUGCUCCAGCGGCGGGCCAGGGCAGUGCCUGUCCUCGACCCUAACUCUGCCACACACCUGAUCCGCCAUGCCAUCGGCACAAACGAGUAUGGCGAGAUUGAUCAGGAGCGUCUCUCCACCAUGCUGGCACUGCCUGAGGACCUGGCCAGGAUGUAUCGGGACGAUAUCACCGUCACUAUUGCCUACUUCAACUCCAACCUAAUUAAGCCGCAUGAAACCUAAGAGGAGAUGGGCUGAGCAUUCAUGCAAACAUCACACUCAAAUGCGCCAUUCAGUUUGUUGAGUUAAUUAUCCAAGACGACAUCUGAGUUGUUCUCAUUUCAGGAUAAUUUGUUCAGUCAAAAGUUUAAAGGACUUCUGGACGACGUGAUCUUGCCAAAUUUUAUUCAGAGAAUUCAGUUCAACAAAAAUCCUUUUGUGCCUGGAUAAAUAAAAAUCAUAGAUGACAGCAUAGCAGCAUAACAUGAACAAUUAACGGGGUAUAAAUGAAAUAGGCAAAAUAUUCCCAUGGUAAAAUAAAAGACAGAGACCCUGAGGGUAUCUGUUCAGAGUACAAUCAGAUAGAAGCACAGUGUCCCCACUUGACAAAAAAAGGCAUCAAAAACAGGUUAAACAUCAGCAGUUAUAGCCUAUCAAGGCCCCAGUGCCCUUCCAGUCAACCAAUGAAAUUACUUUUUAGCAUUUUAAACCUUGAGGUGGACCUUCAGAUUAUAUAUUGUCUUGAGGACAGAUAACGCCCAGGACUGUCCGACCUGAAGGAGUUAGAUGGGCUUUGGGACUAAUUAGGAAAAGAGGAACAGGCACAAUGGUGAUGCCACCUCUCAGGUCAUGACAAUCCCAGAUUACCCAUAACUCUUUCAAUAUUGGUAAAGUGAAUUUUGUGUAGCUGUUACUGUCAACUGUUACAUCCUUUGUAUCUUUUAGAUUCCUGUUUUAUCUUGAAGAGCAACU